CUUUUAUGUUGAAAAUUCGUACCGGAAGCGGUGGUGCUAGCAGAAGCUAGCUGGACGCCGGGCGGCGUGCCUCGGAGGUGGUGGGAUGAGAGAGGGACAGCAGCGGGGACUGAGUGGAGGAGGUGGAGUCUGUCCCAGCCUGCAUCUGGCCCGCUCCCCUUUCUGUCACCCCGGGCCAAACCCGCCCAGCUCCUCUCACUCACUCUCCGCCUGUUAUCCCGCACGGCUCGGCCCGGACCCACGCAGCGGCACCCAGACCCCCACACACCUCGAGGACACGGAAUGGAGACAGAAGGGAGCCAGAGCAGCCUGUCCAGCGCGGACUCCCCUCACGACCCCUGUAAAAUGUUCAUAGGUGGACUCAGCUGGCAGACAACACAAGAGGGUCUGAAGGAGUACUUCUGCAAGUACGGCGAAGUAAAAGAGUGCAUGGUGAUGCGGGAUCCGGUUACUAAGCGCUCGAGGGGGUUUGGAUUCGUCACUUUUGUUGACCAGGCCGGCGUGGAUAAAGUUUUGGCUCAGAGCAGGCAUGAGCUGGACUCAAAAACAAUUGAUCCAAAGGUGGCCUUCCCUCGAAGAGCUCAACCCAAGCUGGUGACUCGAACUAAGAAGAUCUUUGUGGGCGGCCUGUCAGUGAACACAACCAUCGAGGACGUCAAGCAAUACUUUGACCAGUUUGGAAAGGUCGACGAUGCCAUGCUCAUGUUUGACAAGACCACAAACAGGCACAGAGGGUUCGGGUUUGUGACGUUCGAGAAUGAAGAUGUGGUCGAGAAAGUCUGUGAGAUCCACUUCCACGAGAUUAACAACAAAAUGGUGGAGUGUAAGAAAGCUCAGCCCAAGGAGGUGAUGUCUCCCACCGGCUCGGCUAGGGGGCGCUCUCGAGUCAUGCCGUACGGCAUGGACGCCUUCAUGCUGGGCAUUGGUAUGCUGGGUUAUCCAGGCUUCCAGACUGCCACUUACACCAGCCGGAGCUAUGCAGGCAUCACUCCCGGAUACACCUACCAGUUCCCUGAGUUCCACUUAGAGAGGACUCCCCUUCUGACUUCACCCCACCCCCCUGAGCUCACAGCCAUUCCUCUUACAGCGUACGGACCAAUGGCGGCAGCAGCAGCGGCGGCAGCAGUUGUCAGAGGUUCCACUCCUUCUCGUUCUGCUGGAUUUUUAGGUACUAGCAGCCCGGGUCCGAUGGCUGACCUUUAUGGAACAGCCAGUCAGGAGUCAGCUGUUAGCAGCUACCUCAGUGCUGCCAGCCCCGCGCCAAGCACUGGAUUCAGCCACAGUUUGGGGGGCCCUUUGAUCGCAACCGCCUUCACUAACGGCUACCACUGAGAGUUGCAGAACUGCAGACUGAGAGCUGGAAGGAGUUGAAGCUGCUCCAGAGCUGAUCUGGCCUGUCUCUGUCAGUGUGUCCCGUCUGUCGGUGGUGACCGAUCCUCGUGUCAGCCACAUCCAGCCGAAUCAUCUGACACUUAAAAAGCAACCGAUCGAAAAAAAAAAAAAAAAAAAGAAAACGUUGCAAAAAUAGGAAAAAAAACAUUUAAAAAAACGUGUCACUUCACACAAUAGCACCACAUUGAAAUCUUUUUUCCGUGCGUUUUUAUUUUUGUCAUGUUGGCUGGGUUUAUUUCUUCUGUUUUUGUGAUGGCUGUCUGUCAGCAUCUGUUUUAACUGUGUUUCUUGGGUCAUUUGACCUUUCUAACCUGAUCUCUCUGAGAUACACUGAGUCUCUGAGGAGGCCUGGAGCUGGAAAAUAACUGGAAAACAAUAUUUAUCUCUAGUUCAUACUGAAUUUUAACAUUUGGUAUUAACUCUAUUUCUUGAAAAUAUGUCACAAAUUGUAUAUCUUGGUAGUUUUCAACGAUAACUCGCUACACUAACACCGGUCAGACAAGAUGGUCAUUAGUUUCUUAAUUAGUCCUGGAAAACUGUACAAAUUUUGUAAAAUAUUGUAAAUAUGACUGGUUUUGGCGUGGCAGGGAUCUGCUGACGUUUGUGUCUGGGAGGUUGGAGACUUUUUGAGUAGUAUGAUUACUUCGUCAAUCCCCACAGGUUGGAAAGCUUGACUGUUACAUAUUAAAGUCCCAGCUGGAGGUCAAGGACAUUUCGAUUUGUCUGUCUAUGUUAGACCAGCCAUACACUGUAUUUCUUUUCAGGCAUUUGUGAAUCAUGUGUUCUGAAAACCAGAAUCUUCCUCAGAGACGCUGUCUUUCGGGGAGUCUAAAGACGCUCCUCGUUCAGCAGAGGAGGCAAAACAACGCCGUUCUCGUUACGGCGUUUUCAAAUAUGCUGAUGAUUUGUGAAGGAACGACCUUGCAGGCUCUGUCAUGCACAGCUCAUGGCUGAAUCCCUUUUGCAGGGUGUGUUGAUGUUUGUCAUGAUUUUACUCACAUUGGUUUUCAAUGUGCCAUGUGCAGAUUUUUGGCAAAUGGUUCCUCAGUUAAAAAAAAUGUGAAUUAUAACUUUUUUUCUUUGUAUGUAAGAGUGUGGAUGGGUAAACCUUUUAGGAAGCGGCUCCUCGACGCAGGUUUCUACCCACCCUCAUCCAUUACUGCAUAUCCACUGGAAGUCACAGACUGAAGCAAUGUGACGCCUCUUUGUAGACCAAAACUAGAGCUACUGGGAUGUGGCACUGCCUAAUUACAAAUAAAUGUAUUUUUCUUAAAGACGACAGCUUAAGAACAAAAGUACCCUCAAUCUGCAAAUACCAGGUUUUACAUUUUGAUACUCUCACUGCUGCAGAUGUGUCAGACUCUGAUGCUGAUUAAUAACAACCUUGUCAACACUGUAACAUUUUAUGAUUUUUUUGGUUUUCCUGUCAUGUUAUUCUUAUGAGGGGAAAAACUUUUUAAAAUUCCUAAUAAAUUAUUUUAAAACAUUC